AUGAAGCAGCAGCAAGGUCUCGGAAAAUUGAAAGACAAACAAAUAAAAUUCCAUAUCGACGAAAAUGUUGUGCCGUCAAGCCAGCCGGUUAGACGGAUCCCGUUCCACGUUCGUAAGCUAGUCGAACAAGAGCUCAAUCGGUUAGAGGAGCUGGACGUCAUCGAGAAAGUCGACGGUCCAACGCCGUGGGUGUCAAACCUAGUGGUAGCUCCAAAGCCGAAUGCAACCAAGGAAAUUCGUCUAUGUGUCGAUAUGCGCAAAGCCAAUCUUGCACUAAAACGAGAACGUCAUGUGACGCCAACUAUCGACGACAUAGUAUCAGAAUUAAACGGCUCAACGGUGUUCUCUAAGGUUGAUCUGUACAAGGGAUUCCACCAGCUGGAACUCUCCGAAGAAUCAAGAAAUAUGACAGUGUUUGCUAGCCAUGUAGACCUACGGCGCUACAAACGUCUCAACUUUGGAGUAAGCGUUGCGCCAGAAAUAUUUCAGAACGAAAUCCAACAGGCUCUUCAAGUACAACCUGAUGGAUUGUGUGAUCUAAAGUACUUCCAAAAGUUCCCAGCUAACAUAACUGUGCCCAACGAUUGGAAAUGA